GUCGUUGAAGCAGCUUGGCUGCCUGCAAUCCAACAUGGAGUAGAGAGUGAUGGGGCUCUAGCGGGGCCACCCCUCGGUAACAACAGCGACGACGCGCUUUUACGCACAACUGGAACCGGAGUCGUCGGUCAAAACAUGCGCCUUAGGACUUAAAAACGGAGUGUGUUCCUGGUGUGUCCGUGUGUUUGCGUGCGUGAGUGUGUUUGGGGAGAGGGGAGGCGAAAAGAAGAGCUGGAAUCGGCUGCUAAACGCUCUGUUUAGGUUACGUUACCUACUGAAGGCGAUGGGGUUUUUAAAGUUGUAGGAAAGAGGAUAUUUGCGAUCCAGAAUAUAUUGGGUGCCUCCAAGGAGAAAAGAGGCAAACGCGAGGAAAAGAAGACGGAGGCAAAGCCAGUCGAAGGCAAGCCAAAGAGCCGACAAUCGCACAAAGGCGCAGGGGGGAUUUAUGCGGAAUUUGAGACAGAAUCGGAGGAGCCGCGGUGAAAGAAUGACGAGCGAAAAGUAUGCAAUCGCCGUGGUACAUUACCUGAGGUGAAACGAGAAAAUGAUAGAAGAAACACACCCAAACGAUGACAGCUACAUCGUGCGUGUGAAAGCGGUGGUGAUGACGAGGGACGACUCGAGCGGCGGGUGGCUGGCCCAGGAUGGCGGAGCUCUGAGCAGAGUUGGUGUGUGCCGACUCCUGCCCCCAGAGCUGGCCCCCGUUCCAGCCUCUUGCAGCUCACAGUUUCUUAUCAGGGGUGAAAGGCUGCGGGACAAACAGGUCAUCCUGGACUGUCCGCUGAGGAAGGACAUCAAGUACACCAUAGCAACACCCACAUUUCACCAUUGGAAGGUGGAGGACAGGAAGUGUGGCCUGUCCUUUCAGAGUCCAGCUGAUGCCAGAGCAUUUGACAGAGGGGUUCGGAAAGCAAUUGAAGACCUGGCUGAAGGCUCCACCACCUCCUCUACAGCACUCCAGAAUGAGGGCGAGCUGGGUGAUGACGACGUCUUUACCUACACCACAGACAGCUCAUCCAACUCCUCCCAGAGACUGGAGAGCUCUUUGCAGCAGCUUGAGUCCUCCCCGCUUCCGCAGAGACAUAAGUGCGUGCUGACACAUCGCCACGACCUCCACGACCCUUACCGGCUGUCGGACCACUACUUCCUGGACCAGCCGCUGUGCCGGCUUCCUCGCCAUGUUACCUUUCAGGAAGACGAGGAAAUCGUGCGAAUCAACCCUCGAGAGCGCAGCUGGGAAGGAACUACCGAGCACCAUCAUGGCCGCCAGUCAGAGCGCUCCUGGCUUACGGGCUACGAGGACUACCGCCACGCCACUGUACGUGACAAGUUUAUCCAAAUGGAUGACAAUGAGUCCUACGUCCACUUUGCCAAGACAGAGGCACAGAAACAUGACUACACCUACCCGCUGGCACCAGCCCUGUCGCCCUCAGACUCUGACCCCGCACUUGGACCCUUAAUGGUCAAUAAGGGCCAGGGCGGGUCGUAUCGCCAAGGCUUCCCUUCUGUGGUGUCCAGCCAGCCCAGCUCCUUUCUCCCAAACUCGUCACCAUCCACCAAUGGUGGGAAGGGGCGGAAGGAUGAUGGGAUGGAGCGUGCUCAGUGUGAGAAUUGCGGAGAGGCCUUUUACAUCUCUGACAACCGAAGAGGCCGGUGCCAGGAUGCGCCGGAUCCUGUCCGGGCUUGCAUCCGGCGAGUCAGCUGCAUGUGGCUGGCAGACACAAUGCUCUACCACUGCAUGUCCGACCCAGAGGGAGACUACUCGGACCCGUGCUCAUGUGAUGGGGGCGAGGGCAGUGGGGGAGGCCGACUAGGCUCUCGCUGGUUAGCACUGCUCGGUUUGUCUCUGGUAGCGCCCUGCCUCUGCCUCUACCCGCCUCUCCACGCUUGCCACCGGGCAGGGCUCAGGUGCGGCUGCUGCGGAGGCCGACACAAGGCCCUGAGUUGAGCUGCUGCGCUUGGAAAAAGAAAAAAAGAAAAAAGCCUCUGAGAGGAAACAAUGAAUAGCUAAAACCCAACGCAAGCACAGGGAAAGGGAAGGACGUGGAAAUACACAGAGGGGGCAAGUGGUCACGGCUGCUGGCACUUUUGCCUUGGUUACUCUUGGUUUCUCUACAAAUUCCAGACACUGAAAUAAGCCAAAAAAAAAAAACUGUUGGUGCAUUUUCUAAACGGCCUGGGAAGAUAAGCUCCCCCUCACGGCAGACAGUUCUCUUAGCUCUCCACAUGGCCAUUUCAUGCUCUGUUUAUAGUGAGAGAGCACUCUUUUUCAGGGGGCCUUUUUUAUAGCUGACCUAUAUGUCAUGUAUCACUUAUGCAGGUACUUUAUACUUUGUACACUGACUCGGCGUCAAAGAACUUGAAUUGUUCCUUUGUUCUAUUUUUUUUCUCUCCUUUGAUGUACGUGUUGCCAUUUUGUUUAUAUUCUCUUCCAAUAUCAGGCCUGCUCAGCUCAACCCCAGCUACAAGAGAAAUCAAACACUACACAUUUUUGCGCGCGUGUGUGUGUGUGCGCGAAUGUGUGUAUGGUAUAUGUGCAUGCUUAGAAAAUUGCGCCAAGGCCUUUUGUUGUCUGUUCUGCGGCUUAUAGUAAGGCUAAUGUUUAUAGACUGCAUAGCUCCACCAUCAACAUCAUUUGUUCACUGAAACAAAUGUGGUACUCAUCUUCAUCUACUUCUAAUAUCCCAAAGAUUUGUGUUUUUUAUCUUAUUUAUUUUCUCUCUGAAUUGAUCUACCAGCAAAAGGGUGCUGGGUUGUGAUUUUCUCACUGAACGAGACGGUGCUUCAAGAUAUUCUGAGAUGCUCUAGCACCCGUCUCCCUUCUCCUUUCAUGUUAUUUCAAACAGUGCCUAAACUUUCACCUAAACCAGGAACUCAUCCAGUCUUAGACCUCAGUCAGCAGUCCGUGUAAGGUCAGGCCAGCACUGACGAAUCAAUCAGAGAUACAGUUGAAAUUGGUGCCCGUUAUGCCUUAAAAUGCGGGGUUUCGCUCCAAGCUUCACCCUUGUUCGUCUGAAGAUGUCGUCUUUAAUGAAAAAUGCGCGAGCAGAGCUACGGCUCAGAGCAAUCAGCCUCAACAAAUACUCUUUAAAACUCGGUUUUCUACUGUUUUUGUGGUGAAAAGAAACUCAUCAAGUGUCUAAACGAAGGACUUCAGUGUGCUUGCGAUGUACAAUCAGUUCCCCUCUUUAAGCCCUGCCAUUCAAUGGAGCCCACCAGUCAUAUAUGUGGAACAGCAAAGUCUCAGCUGAUAGUUUAAAGAAAUACAUUUCUGACUAUGAUCAAAUGUCCAUAUUCCCGGCAAAAAAAAAAGAAAAAAAAUCAUUAGAUUCUCUGUACUUUGGAAAAUGAGUAUGAAACAUUUACUUUCUUUCCUUUUGCCAAUUGAACAAAAACUGAACUUGACGUGUUCAAUGUCACUACAGUUAUGUAGUAAUUCUUAUUUCACACAUAUUUAUUAUAAGUCUACAUGUCCUUCCUGAGUUGGAAAAGUAAUAAUCUGACAUUUUGGGAAAUUUGUCAGUUAGCUUAGUUUAGCAUUAACACCGGAAACCAGGGGAAAUUUAGUCUGACUUUGUCUCAAGUUUGUAAAAUCUAACAGCACCUCCAAAGCUCACUUACUAACUCAAAUUAUGUAGUCUGUCUUUCUUUUUUUUUUCUUUUUUUUUUUUUUUAAAGGAAGUGUUAAAACAAAAAAAAUGGUUUUAUAGGAGGCUAUUCGUUUGGACUACUUCAUGGCUGGGUGCAGUGACUUCCUGGAAUCUCUACUGGUUAGAAUUUUCUUUUUGGGUUAAAAAAAAAAAUGUUCUCGCCUUUGGACAUCGCCAAGCUUCAGGCUUCAGGAAGCAAGUACUUCAAAGAGUGUCAACGGAUAUUUUCAGCCCCUAAUUUUUAUAGGCGAAUGGAUCCAAAGAUGCAUGCUACUGGUGCGCUCCAUUCUUCCUUCCUUUCAAAUAUAUAUUUUUUUCUUAUACAGCAUCAUGCCUACAAAUAGUAACAUCAGAUGUUUGACAACAGCUAGUUUGAAUAAGCAAAAGUAACAGUUAAAUUGUGUUCAUUCAGGGUUAUAGUAGGUGUAUUUAUAUUCAAACUCAGGCAUUUGAGGAACAUGAAAACACUAUCCGUAUCUGCCUGUUCCGUUUGAGUGACACUACAGCCGACCAAUCGGACCCUUCACACUGACAGUACAACACACAACUGACAGCUGCUUCGGUGCUUUUUGUGUUGUUUAAUCCCAGGUCAUUGCACACAUGGGACCAGGAACACAGUUACCUUUAAAAGAUUAAAAAAAGAAGCAGGAUUUGAGUAGGGCCCCAUUGGAAAAGAAGGGGAGCCUUAAAAAACAGCUGAAAUCCUGAAGACAAACAUCCAUCCCUGAUUGUUUUGCCAAGGAAAUGUCACUUACUGUGGUUGAAAUGCAGAAUGCCUGAGGAUGUCCUUUUUCCUCCCCUGGUUGUGUCUGUUUCAUACAUCCUGUCCUGUGUACCAGUUGUACGUCCUUGGUGUGUGUGUGUGUGUGUGUGUGUGUGUGUGUGUGUGUGUGUGUGUGUGUGUGCGCAUGUUUUUAUCCCACAUCCCUUUCCCCUCUCCUGCUCCUUGAUCCAAAGCUACUGGGAUCAGCUGAGUAUGCUAAUACACACGAACACCUUUUCAGUAUAAUCAGAUCCUUUAAAGAUGAUCUUUAAUGUAUCAGGGACAGAGCCAAUCAGAUUUUAAAGAGUGUGUUUGUGCAUUAGUGUGUGUGUGUGUGUGUGUGUGUGUGUCAGCGUUUGUUUUCUCUGUCUCGUCUGGUGUUGAGUGUGUUCUCACAUGUCAGAGCCAUUUACAAGUGCCUGAACACAUCCUCUUUUUCUCCUCGUGUAUUUAAAUUGAUAAAAUUAAAGAAACAACUCCCUGUACUAAAUUAGACCCAUUUUUUACGCUUAGUAUUUUUACCUCUGUAAAAAAAAGAGCAAAAAUUAUAUUAUAUAUAUCAAGUGUAUGUUGUACAUUUUUAUUUCUAUUUUGUUUUUUUUUAAAUUGCUGUUUCUAACAUGUACGAUGGAUGUAGCUCUUGCUUUUUUCGAGAAGGAACAGGAAGUACUUUGUAGAUACUGAAGGGUGGCCAGGUCUGUGAGAAAACUAAAAUGAAAUGUGUGUCUUACCUUCCGCCUCCAAUAAAAUAAGAAAAAAACAGUGAAACCA